AUGGCCGAUGAUUCUAUAGACAACCUUUUCGAAAGUCUUCGUAAAAAGAGCGACCCCAAGCUAGAAGAUGAGAAGGCAAAGGUUGUUGCCGCCAGAGAGGCUGAGCUGAAUGCCCGGGCGCAGAAGAGGCUGAUGGAAUUGAUCGGGUCCAACUCCUCCCUCCCUGUCACCAUCUCCUCCAUCCGCCUCAUCGGUGUAAAACACACCCGCCGCUCAUUUCUAGACCGAAUCUUCGAUCCCAUCCUCUCUGCCAAUCAAGAUGUUCCGUAUACUCUUCAGGAAGCAUUGCAACAAGUUGGCACUGCAGCGGAUAAGCUGAGGGCAUUUGACAUCUUCCACCCUUCCCUCUUCACAUUCAUCGACCGGUCAUCGCCCUCCGACCCUUCCUCCACCCCCACAGACAUCGACAUCUACCUACGCGCGACCGAGCGCUCCCGCCUCUCUCUCAAGACCGGCACCGACCUCGGAAAUGUCGAAGCAUCCGGCUACGCCAACGCCACCCUCCGCAACAUCUUUGGCGGCGCCGAGUCUCUGAAUCUCUCCGCCUCAAAAGGAACCCGCACACGCUCUUUCUACGAAGCUGCCUUCAAAGCACCCGUCAAUAGUGAUCCUACGAAGUGGGUGACGGUGGAUGCGCUGCAAAGCAGUACAUUGAAAGGGUGGGCGAGCCAUGAGGAGAUGUUGAAAGGGGUUGGCGUGAAGUACAGCUGGGCUACGAAAGGGGGCAGCCAACAUGUCGUAGGCUAUUCCGGGUUGUGGAGGCAGGUUACGGGCUUAGCUGCGAAUGCAAGCCCGACGGUGAGGAGUGAUGCGGGGGAUAGCGUAAAGAGCAGUAUCUCACACACUUUCCUCACGGACAAGAGAAACCACCCGUUCCUGCCCAAUUCAGGAUACCUGCUCAAGACAGUGUCGGAAAUUGCAGGAUGGGGUCCUUUGAAAGGAGACGUUGGGUUCUGGAAAUCAGAGCUCGAAAGCUCGUUUGCUCUAAAGGUUCCUGUACCGGGUAUCAAGGGGGACAGUGGUGUGAGCUUCACAUCUGGUUUCCGAGCUGGCAUGCUGUAUCCUCUACCCGUUGGAUCCGGAGGGCCAGCAAAGGGAAGCAGGGUGAACGACCGCUUCCAACUCGGCGGCCCAACAGAUGUCCGCGGCUUCAAGAUGUCAGGCCUAGGGCCAAGGGACGGGCCAGAUGCUGUAGGCGGUGACAUAUUUGCUGCUGCAUCAUCCAACCUGCUGGUACCGCUUCCUCGAGUCGGCAAGGAGAGUCCGUUACGGAUGCAGCUCUUUGUCAAUGCGGGGAGAUUACUAGCAUUGGACUACGCAGGGGGGGAUACUCAGAAGAGCGUGUACCGCACCGUCGCGCAGCUCGGUGAUGGACUGCCGAGCAUGGCAGCCGGCGUGGGCGUGGUAUAUGCGCAUCCCGUGGCGAGGUUUGAGCUGAACUUCAGCUUGCCGCUUGUGCUUAGGAGAGGCGAGGAGGGGAGGAAGGGCUUCCAGUUUGGGGUGGGCAUUAACUUUCUGUAA